AUGACGUUGGCUCUUACGUUAGGUGCGGCAUACGCGGUCAAUGCAUCUAACACGUCUUUGGCGGGUGUUUUGGUCAAUUCGGCAUAUCAAUGCUCGUACUCACUUGAACUGCAUAAGCCGAGCACCACAGGUGAACUUGGGAAAGAGCAACACCUUUUCUACGUGAUCUACUUCCUCGAAAAAAUGCUAUCUGUCCGGCUUGGUCGCUCUUCGAUCAUCCUAGAACAAGACAUUGAAAUCCCUUCCGCUGCCUACUUCCAAAGAAGCAACUCUCAUUUCUCUGUCUAUACUUAUCAAUGCGUGCAACUGGCCGGGUUGGCGGGCAGGAUCUACGAACAACUCUACUCGCCAAAAGCCCUCAGUGCAUCAGACGAAGUGCGGACUCACCGGACACUCGAGCUGUCACAGGAGCUGCAUACAUAUCAUGCUGAGGCGCACAAUACAAAUCACCUUUGGGUUCAAUCGACCACCAGUGUUCACGAGAAAGGCCAGAUUGAAUUUACGGCGGCCUCUGACGAGGUAACGCGGCUCUCAAUGCUGACGCUGAUCUACCGAGCCAUGCCACAGGACUCGAAUUCACGAACAACCUUUGGACCAGAGUGUAUAACGUCUGCAAGGUGUGCGCUCGAGUCUCACCAGGCAGUUGUCCGAGCCUUUGAGACGAGAGACAAGGAAGACCUCAACCAAAUGCACAGCUUCCUCAAAUCCAUCGAAUCCGCCUGCCAGUAUUCGAGCACCAUCACCAAGCACCAUCACUUGUUCUCAGUAUUUUAUAAUGUCGCAUUGCGCUACUGCGAGCUUGGAUUUCCAUCUUCUGGAAUGGAGAAAGAGCAAAUACAACUCAGGAGCGACGUGGACGCACAAUUGACUGCCCUCGGGCUGCAUACGAAUAUGCCGUCCGAUUAUGAUUUACAUCCACAACAGGACCAAUUUGCACAAGGCUCGUCUGGCACGACCAUGGAGCAGAAUCGAGAAGGGAAUUGGGAACAGGACGCUUGGCUUGAGAAGUGGUUUUCCUUCAACCAGCAGAUGAUGGGAUUGGUAGAUGGAAGAGAAUUGCCUUUCUAG